AUGCAGGACUCUGGAGAAAUGCUUCAGUGCAGUGUGCUGUUUGAUACUCAGAUCGACUCAAACCAAAGGUAAACCUUGUUGAUGUUCACUGUCUGUCGCUUAACCAAACAGCCAUUUAGUGUCUCUGGCUGUUGAUUCAUCUGUCAGUUGUUGUGGAGGAGCAGCACAGCACCACUUGAUAUGCUAAUCACAAACACCCCAGUGUCUCCUGGGCUGAGACAGAGGUGGCUGUGCCUCUUCAUUAGCUUCUGGUUUAUGUAAAGAGGGGGAGUGGAGAGGGGAGGAGUGAGAGAAGACAGGAUGAAAUAGACAGGUAUAAAUGGAGGGAUGGAUGGCGUGUGUUCUUCCAUACAGGACCAUUGACACACACCCUUCUCUUUUCACUCCCUCUCCUCUCACUUUCAUCUCAUCUCUCACUCCAAUAACAAAUCUAACAAUACAAAACAAUACAUGCAAAUGUAUUUAAUUUUUUAUUUAUUUAACCUUUAUUUAACUAGGCAAGUCGGUUAAGAACAAAUUCUUAUUUACAAUGACGGCCUACUUGUAAAGCCCCCCCCCCGCCGACAAACCCUCCCCUAACCCGGUCGACGCUGGGUCAAUUGUGCGCCGCCCUAUGCGUCACUACAGACCCGGGAUUGAACCCGGGUCUGUAGUGACGCGUCUAGCACUGUGAUGCAGUGCCUUAGACCGCUGCGCACAAUUGACCGCUGCGCAAAUCUAAAAAAAUAAAAAGAAAGGUGCAGUUGCCAUACCAGGCGGUGGUACAGCCCGACAGGAUGCUCUCAACUGCGUGGCCACGCAGUCAUGGGUGAACAGGGAGUACAGGAGGGGGCUGAGUACGCACCCUUGUGGGGCCCCCGUGUUAAGGAUCAGCGUAGCGGAGGUGUUGUUGCCUACCUUCACCACCUGGGGUCGGCCUGUCAGGAAGUCCUCCUUCUCCCUCUCACAGACAAACACACGCACACACACACACACACACGCACACACACACAUAUACACACACACACACACACACAAAGUGAACCCACUCUCUUCCUACACACCUAGCACACACACACACACAGUGAACCCACUCACUCUACACACCUAGCAUACACACACACACACACACAGUGAACCCACUCACUCUACACACACCUAGCACACACACAGUGGAUGUGUGUUGAUUUGUUUUCAUAAUGUGAUUUAAGUGUUUUCACACGGUACAAAUAAUAAACAACCAGGGAGCUUGUCUAGAUAAAUCACUAGCAGACACUUAUUGGUGUUUAUGCCUCUGGUGAGGCAAUGCAUCACUGCUGUCUCUAUGAUGACUUCAUCUGUAAAUGUGCUUCUAUUAUGCUCAUGUCUCAUUUGCAUAAAGGCAUACAUCAUUUUUGGGCAUCAGAAACCCCAGUCUUUCACACCUGUGCAAUCAUGUUUAGUCUUGCUUGAUAUGAUACCAUGUCCAUUUUGCUUCUAUUUCCAUGGUCUUCACAGACAGAAGACCUACGUUUUCUAACCUCUCCCUCACUUGCUCUCUUCCUUUCUCCUUGUCCUUGUUUUGUUCCCCACUUUAUCUCUCCUCCCAUUCCUUUCAGUCUGUCUGCCCCCUGAUUCAUUCCUCUUCUUCUAUCUCAAUCACUCUCUGUCCUUCCGCCUCUUCUCUGACCUGUCUCUCCUGUGUUAUUUUAGCCCUCUAUCACCCUCUCUUGCUCUCUGUGUCAGCCACUUCAAAAGCUGAAUCAUAAUUACAGAAUGAACCGAUGUCACUUCAGUCCUUAUUAUUCCCGGUGUUAUUCAGAUUAUUCUCCGGUGUUAUUCAGAUUAUUUUCCGGUGUUAUUCAGAUUAUUCUCCAGUGUUAUUCAGAGAACGAUCAAAGCGGAACAUCUGAAAACAAAACCAUUACAUUGUAUUUAUUUCCGUUUCUCUCUCACUCCAGUAGGGUAGGGUGCAUAUAGAUUAGACAAUUAACUAUUGAUCAAGGCUGCUAAAACAUAUUGGGAAAUCACUCAUAUUCUUCUAAACCACAGAUAGCACAGCUGGUGUAUAGACAAAAAUGUUUGUGUACUUUUGCUUUUAGAACUAAUCAAAGAAGACCAUCCAGUGUGUAUGUGUGUGUGUGUCUUUGAAAUAACAGUGUAACAGUGUUGCUCCCGUCCCUCUCCUCGCCCCUACCUGGGCUUGAACCAGGGACCCUCUGCACACAUCGACAACAGUCACCCUCGAAGCACCGUUACCCGUCGCUCCACAAAAGCCGCGGACCUUGCAGAGCAAGGGAAACAACUACUUCAAGGUCUCAGAGCGAGUGACGUCACCGAUUGAAAUGCUACUAGCGCGCACCGCUAACUAGCUAGCCAUUUCACACCGGUUACAACAGCAGUACUCAUUGUUGACAGUGGCAUGCAGUAAUGAACCAGUUAGCAUUCCCAUGGUGCACUGCAGCUGGAGACGGCCUGACAUUUGCACCGCUGCUGAAGGCCAAAUACCCAGUGGACUUAUUAUCGGUUAAGAGGACAGGUGCAUACUGUGUGUCUGUGUCCAAGUGUGUGCGUGUGUAGCCGUUAGGGGCGUAUUAAAUAAGAUUGGCAGCUAUUAAUUAGACUAAUUUGGCAGGUAAUUUGAUACGGUUAACUGGUGUAGAGUGAUAGCUGUAUAAAGGUGAUGGCGUGUGUUAAGCCUGGGGUGUGAGAUGUUCAGACUGAUUGGGUGAUGGUGGGAUUGUCAGGGGCUGUUAGACUGUAGUAGUUACCAUGGUAAUCCUCCUGACAAUCAAUAUCAACUGUCUGUUCAUUAGAGCUUCAACACUGUGGCAAUGUGAUUAGACCAGCAGAUUAACUAUGAUCUCAAUAGGUUGUUAGACCAGACACCAAGGGCCAGCUGCAGACUGUAACUUCAGAGAUCCCUAACAACAGUUUGUGUUGCGUUGUGUUUUGAACAGGAUCAGGUUUAGGAUGGCUGUGGACCAGUCUCUGGGGACACAGUAACUGUUGUGUGAUUGGUGGUUUGUCUGAGACACCAGAGAGAAACAAGAUAAGAAGAACAUACUAGAGGAACAUUGGGAAAUCUGGAGAACGUCCUGCUUUACACACAGAGACCAUGAUAACGCUAACAGAACACUAACGGAAACUUAACAGAAUGCUGAGUGAGGUCAUGUAGCUGCCCUCUGACCGCCCUGCAUGUGACCACGCCUUCUGCGUCACCUCGGCUUUUCUGAUUGUGUGGUUUGGAGAGCGACGUACUAAUGGAGAAGAGUGCUGAGGAGCUGAACCUCUCAUUCCUGAUGGAGCAUGAGCGAGAGAUGAUCCUCAGUGUCCUGCAGAAGGACGAGAAACUGAGGAAACUAGAGGAGAAGAGGAUACGGUGAGGGCGGAAUAAGUCAUCAUCAUCAUCACAGUACAAUACACUACAAUGAUACAUCUACUACUACAACUUCCUUGAUGUUGAUGAUUAUUUUUUUAUCGUAAUCAUCAUCCUUAUUCGUUCCUCUACAAUCACAAUAUGACCACAACAACUACUACAAUCACAAUAUGACCACAACAUCACAACAACUACUACAACCACAAUACGACCACAACAUCACAACUACAAUCACAAUACGACCACAACAUCACAACAACUACUACAAUCACAAUACGACCACAACAACUACUACAAUCACAAUACGACCACAACAUCACAACAACUACUACAAUCACAAUACGACUACAACAACUACUACAAUCACAAUACGACCACAACAUCACAACUACAAUCACAAUAUGACCACAACAUCACAACAACCACUACAAUCACAAUACGAUCACAACAACCACUACAAUCACAAUACGAUCACAACAACUACUAAAAUCACAAUACGAUCACAACAACUACUACAAUCACAAUAUGACCACAACAUCACAACAACUACUACAACCACAAUACGACCACAACAUCACAACUACAAUCACAAUAUGACCACAACAUCACAACAACCACUACAAUCACAAUACGAUCACAACAACUACUACAAUCACAAUAUGACCACAACAACUACUACAAUCACAAUACGAUCACAACAACUACUACAACCACAAUACGACCACAACAUCACAACAACUACUACAAUCACAAUACGACCACAACAUCACAACAACUACUACAAUCACAAAACGACUACAACAUCACAACAACUACUACAACCAUGGUCAUAACAAUUAGUUACAAUAACAAACAUGAUAAGUGUUGGGUUAAAUUCAGAAGACACAUUUCAGUUGAAUGCAUUCAGUUGUACAACUGACAAGGUAUCCCCCUUUCUUCUGUUUCUCUCUGCUGUAGGAAGCUGAAGAAUGAGCUGGUGGAGAUCAGGCGUAAGGGUUCGCGGCGCCCCCAGGAGGUUGGGGAGCGUCAGUGCGCCCGUUGCCUGAAGGGCCUGGGCCUGAUCUUCGACCGCGGGGAGCUCUGUGAGCAGUGUCUACAGCGCGUCUGCAGCGACUGUCGCGUGAUGGCCCCUAAAGGAAAGCAUUGGAAGUGUUCCAUCUGCGCCAAGGUCUUGUGAGUCUGGGCAAAGGCAUCAGGGGACAGGCCAUGGUUUAGCACCACUAACAGUUGUGUGUGUGUGUGUGUGUGUGUGUGUGUGUGUCUGUGUGUGUGUGUGUGUGUGUGUGUGGUGUGUCUGUGUGCUGUGUGUGUGUCUGUGGCUGUGUGUGUGUCUGUCUGUGUGUGUGUGUGUGGCUGUGUGUGUGUGGCUGUGUGUGUGUCUGUGUGUGUGACUGUGUGUGUCUGUGUGUGUGUGUGUGUCUGUGUGUGUGACUGUGUGUGUGUGUGUGUCUGUGUGUGUGUCUGUGUGUGUAACUGUGUGUGUGGGCUGUGUGUGUGUGUCUGUGUGUGUGUGGCUGUUUGUGUGUGUCUGUAUGUGUGUGGCUGUGUGUGUGUCUGUGGCUGUGUGUGUCUGUCUGUCUCUGUGUGUGUGUGUGUGUGUGUGUGUGUGGCUGUGUGUGUCUCUGUGUGUGUGUCUGUGUGUGUGUCUGUGUGUGUGUGGCUGUGUGUGUGUGUGUGUUUUAAUUAACGCCAGAUGGCUCCUAUUUGUUGUUUAACCACUCUGCAUCUGUCUUUAUUUGCUCUGUCACAUGGCCUUUUCAGGGCCUAUUGACAUGACCAUAAGAGCCAGUUAAAGGCAGGGUUUAAGUUGAGAGGUCAGUGUACCGUACAUGGGCCAGAGGUCAGGGGUCACCUGUGUCUCUGAUUGGCAGGGAGCUGAAGGUGGUGACUGGGGAGUGGUUCCUAGAGGAGCGGUCCAAGCGGUUUGACAAGGGGACAGUGUUCAGCAGUGAUGUGGUCAAACAGUCUAUCAUGAGCAGCCCCACAGGAAGCCCCCACAGGAAGUCCCCAGCGCCAGCCGACACACCUGAGAGGCCUGACACGCCCAAAUCAGGAAGAAGCGCCGUGAGGAACCUGGUGGAUGGUGCCAAGAGGAAAGGGAAAGGGUGAGAUACACACACAUACACACACAUGCACACACAUACACACACAUACACACACAUGCACACACAUGCACACACAUACACACACAUACACACACAUACAGUAUGUAACAAACAGGUUUGGGCUGGAUUACUUCAACAUGUAAUCAGUUGUCAAUCACAGUUUGGCAAUUUACAAUGUAAUUAAAUGACACAGGAGAAGAUCACUGCACAGAUUUAAUAUAAAGAGUAAUCUACUACACAGGCAAGUGGAGAGUGGGGCUUCCAUCAGAGAAUGGGUUUCGUAUUGCAUUCAAACACACACAUACACACACAGCACGGGCUGAUGUGUAUAGUGACUAGUUGUGUUGGAUCCUAGGAUGUUGAUGGAUAAGAGGGGCAGCCGUCCCAGCCUGAAGCCAGAGAACGGGGUGGAGGGUGGGAGCGUGUGUGCUCCUGUCCCCGACCCAGACACACACAGCGUACGCAGUGCCCGGUCCGCACCACGCUCUGCUCCUCACUCACACAGGUGA